UUGAUCGUGAUAAAUUAUGCUUUCAUCAUGUUCGGUGUAGUAUUUCGGCAAGCUGCUGGUUUUGGAGCGAGGCCCUUUGGCAACUCGAGAUCCUUAUCGUCAUCAUCCGGGGUCACAUCGUCGGAACAAAGUCUGCUGUCAUUUAUCAGCCGGUGCAUGGGUGCCACAUCUAAUGCAGCUCUGGGAUGUCCAUGUGCCGGAAAUGGAAAGCGCUGCAAAAAUCCCUUGUCCCUCUGUCACAAUUUUAAAUGCAUUUGUGACCCAUCGAUUAGCACGACAGUUAAUGGUCAAUGUGUCGCCAUUAUUAAGCUGACUACCACCGACACAACCACUGCCACUACGACAACAACCACUGCAACAACAACUACAACCACCAGUACUACUACUACUUCGACGCCGGCUUGCUCCGCGUUUGCUACUCCCGCAGCUUCUGGAUGUACGAAUCAAUGUGACACCACCCUGUCUACUGACGCUAAAACCAAAUGCACCGCCACUUCCGCUAACGAUAUAGCAUAUUUUCCUCUGACGACUCCCAACCCUGCCGGAGAUACCAUCCAGGAAAUCCUUAACGUGCAUAACAAUUACCGACGGUCGGUGGCCGCACAGGGUAUGAACAAACUGGACUGGAGCAACUGUGCAGCCAGUAAUACACAGUACUGGGCCAACACGUGUCCUUCGGACCAUGACAGAUCAAGCACUCGCCAGAUACCAGGUUUCGCUUACUGCGGUCAGAAUGUCUACUGGAAUUCGGGUGCUCCUCAGACCUGGAGUGCUGCCAUAAAAGCAUGGUUCGAUGAAGUCCGUGAUUUCGCAUUGUGUGCCGACAACAGUGGAAAAAGUGUUGGACAUUACACUCAGAUAAUGUGGGCGGAUACAACACUUAUCGGUUGCGGCAUGAAAUCAGGCUGUCCGGCAAUAAAUAUUAAUGGAAUAAAUCUCCCUGCUCCCGUCAAUGUCUACGUUUGUAAUUAUUGUGCAGGGUAG